AUGGCGUGCAGGCUCUUGCUUGUUGCUGGAAUUCUUUACCUGAUCUCAGCUUUCAGUCACCUGGCACAUUCUAUGCUGCUCCUGGUAGUAUCUGCACGGGAUGGGGGUGGUCUUUCCUCAUCCACCAAUGCGGCUGUCACAGUGAACAUCCUUCAGACCACUUUGGCCCCUGCCACUUUUGAGAGAUCCUGGUAUGCUUUUUCUGUUCCCAUAGAUGCACCUGAAGACAGCCAAGUUGGAGCUGUAAAGGCUAGAGAGCCUCCAGUUCUAUUUCUAGAUUCUUUAGAAGUGGUUUCAUACAGAAUUUUGUCUGGUGAUCCACAAGGAAGAUUCUAUAUUGACUCCCAGUUUGGUAUCAUUUGCAUCAAGAAAGAGCUUGACCAUGAAACCCAGUCUGUUUUCAUGCUCACCAUUCAGUCACAGUUGAGAAAGUUCCCUGUGUACAGUAGCACCCAGGUCAAUAUAUCUGUAAUAGAUGUUAAUGACAAUCCUCCAGUAUUUCUUACCAGAUCUGAUGAGGUAAUUAUUUCACACACACAGCCUGUUGGUACUGCUGUGUAUAUUGCUCAUGCAGAAAAUAAAGACAGCAGCCUCAAUGGGGCAUUCAAAUACAGUCUUGCAAGCAAUCUGACAAAUGCAUUUAGUAUUGAUUCAGGCCUUGGAGUGGUAAGCCUCAUCUGAAUGGUGUUUGAGGAUAAACAGCAAGAAUAUACUCUGUACAUAGCAGGUGAAGACCAUGGAAGUCCUCCUCUGAGUUCUUGGCUGUUGUUGUCAGUGACUGUUGAAGAGCAGAGGAUGGGCCCCACUUUGGUUUUCCAGAAGUUGGUGUAUCAAGUAGAAAUCAAUGAACCUACAUCUCCAGGUGCCUGUAUCCUUCAGGUUCGAGCCUCCUUAUUUGAUCCACACUGUGUUAGCUCCAGGCUGACAUAUUCCAUAGAGUCUAGCACAGAUUCUGUUGCAUUUGGAAUCAGAUCUGAUACUGGCUGGAUUUAUCUCAGGAAAUGUUUGAACUAUGAAUGUGCACAGAUUCUUAGUUUUAGAGCCCUGGUCAGCACCUCAGAGGGGGAAAACUCUAUGCAGAAUGCAAGUGCAUCAGUAAUAGUAAAUGUCCUGGAUGAAAAUAAUAAUUCCUCUGUGUCUGUGCAUGAGAGCUACUUCUUCAAAGUGGAGGAAAAUCCAAUUCCUCAGGGUGUGAUUGGCACUGUCACAGCUGUUGACAAAGAGUCGGGAAGAAAUGGACAACUUUCACAUUUCCUCCUGUCUGAUGGAAAGCAUUUCAAGAUGAAUUCCAACACAGGUGAAAUUAUAAAAUGGGUUGCAUUAGACCAUGAAGAACAAGCACACUACCAGCUGACUGUACUAAUGACUGAUCAUGAGUCACCACCACUUAAUGUCACGAUCAACGAUAAUAAACCUGUCUUCCCUCGGAUUGUGCCUGGAAAAGAAUUAAGCAUCGAGGAUAUAGGAUACUUCCAGAUUCAUGCUGUCAGUGGGGAGUUGAGAGCAACCCGGCCUGUGUCAUAUGCUGAGAGAUCAAGCUACAGAAUGACGGUCACAGCCAGGGACCAGGGGAUACCUUCCCUCUAAGGACAGGCUGUUGUUGACAUGCAGGUAAUCCCACUUCCCACAGGGAGACCUGUCUUCUCUCAAGAUUUCAAGCACUUUGUCAUACCUGAAAAUUUUAAACCUGCACGAGUAUUCACUUCUGUAAAAUUGCUUGGUAACCAUCUGACAGCUAACAGGAAACUGUGUUUUAGUGUUGCUGAAGAUGACGAUGAUGUUUAUUUUGAAGUAGAUAGUUGGACAGAAGACCUUUUUCUUUACAAGGAACUUGACUAUGAAACAUCUUCACACUUCUUUUUGCAAGUUAUUAUAAGGGAUUACAAUAAUAACCCCCCACAGAAUAAUACUGUCUUUCUCAGUAUUGAUGUAGAAGAUCUGAAUGAUCAUUCUCCAUAUUUUCAAGAUGACUUCAAAGUGAUUGGCAUAGAGGAAAAUGUACCUGCUGGCACUCUGGUUUACACAUCUAAUGCAAAAGAUGGAGAUGGCUGUUCUCCAAACAGCAAAAUACAAUAUUCCCUGGAAAUGAGUAGCAUGGCUGAAAAUCCAUUUGUUGUUCACCCUUUAUAUGCUACCUUGGUAACAGCAUCCCCACUGGACAAGGAGAUUACUCAUUCUAUGAUCCUUAUGGUGUCUGCAACAGACCAGACAAUAAAUGUGGCUGAUUGCAGACGUGAUUCUCUGAUUGCAAAAAUUGUUAUUCUGGAUGUCAAUGACAACAGUCCCAGCUUUAUAUCUUCACCUCUUUGCUAUGUCAUGGAGGAUGCAGGUGUGGGCCUCCUUCUGCACUAUGCAACUGCAAAGGAUCCUGAUGAAGGAGGAAAUGGACAUAUUAUGUAUCACUUAACUUCAGGUAAUGAAAACGGAUCAUUCAUAUUGGAUAAAAUCACAGGACUCCAAAGUACAGCCGAGCUCCUAGACCACAAGGUUCAGGAGCACUACAGUCUGACAGUCAUGGCUCUUGAUGAUGGCAGUCCAGCUCUCUCCGCAACACAGGUUCUAACCAUCCUUGUUCUUGAUGUGAAUGAUGAGAGCCCAGUAUUUCUGCAGCAGGUUUAUGAGACUGCAGUUUAUGAAAACCAGGAUCCAGAGCUGGUCAUAAGAGUAGAAGCUGUGGCUAGAGACACAGGACGACAUUCCUAGCUUUGGUAUGAUAUCUUACCAGGACCUGGAUAUGAGAAACUCAGGAUAAAUCUGGACAGCAGAGAAUUGUUAACAGCUGCAUCACUGGACAGGGAAACCCAGGAGGUUUUCAGUAUUAAAGUUUUGGUUCAAGAUGGUGGAACUCCAUCUCUAUCAAGCACAGUGACAGUUAUCUGCUAAGUCCUGGAUGAAAAUGAUAGCUCUCCCAAGUUUUUCUUUCCUGUCUUUGACAUUCAUAUUCCAGAGAAUCUACAACUUUCAGUAGUUUACGUUGCCAGGGCAGCAGACAUGGAUGCUGGUAAUAAUGGAGCUCUAAGAUACAAAAUAAGUGGUAAGUUAUAUCCUGUCAUUAUUAUUAAAUCAGGAAGCAUAUGUGGAAAUAUUGGAGAAUGCUUCACACUAAAGAAUACUUCUGGAAAACUGCUGGUCACUUGUAUCUUAGACAGAGAGGAUGUCAGCAAUUUUACUCUUAUAAUUGAGUGCCAUGUAGGUAGUCCAUCAAGGAGUUCCACUGCGCUGCUGCACAUAACUGUCUUGGAUGAAAAUGACCACAGCCCACUGUUUGAAAAGAACCAGUAUCACAUCUCUGUGAGAGAAGACCUAGAUGAAGGCACAGCCAUCCUGGGCCUCUUUGCUUCUGACAGAGACGAUGGCCCAAAUGGCGAAGUUAUGCACUCGCUCACUGGAGACACCUUUGGAGCUUUUGCCAUUGACACUGUAACAGGCUCCAUAGUUACUACAAAGGUGCUGGACAGGGAGAUCAAGUCCCAGUAUACGCUUAGGGCUGUGGCAAGCGACUGUAGCUCCCAUUUGCGAAGAAGCACUACUGCCAGCAUUGUGGAACACAUCAAUGAUGUUAACGACAAUGAUCCGGUGUUUCUGCAGAGCCCCAUCAGGGCCUCUGUGCCUGUUGAAACCACAGUGAAUGAGAUGGUAGCCACUGUGAGAGCAGAGGAUGUGGAUCUGGAGCCAAAUGGAGCUAUUGUUUUUAGUUUGUUGGCAGCAGAAACUUUAUUUGAGAUUGACUCAGAGAUGGGUGACAUUGUUCUUCAGGAGCCCUUAGCUUCUGAAGACUUCACCAUGACUCUGGUCAUUAUCUUUACAAAGGAACAAGAGGAGGAGAUUUCGUUCAGCCAUAGCCUGUAUGAAGCAAGUGUGCCUGAGAACAGUGCAGCAGACAGUGGCGUUGAGUGCCCCCUCGGCAAGUUUGCAGAUGACACCAAACUGAGUGGUGCAGCCAAUACAGUAGGGGGAAGGGAAGCCAUCCAGAGGGACCCGGACAGGCUGGAAAAGUGGUCCCACGAGAAUCUAAUGAGCCUCAGAUUUGCUUCCAAACAUAUAUCUGCAACUGACCUUGACAGCCAGCUGAAUGGAGAAACAGAAUAUGUAAUUUGGUCUGGUAAUGAAAAUGCAGCGUUUCUAAUUGAUUCAGCACGAGGGACUUUGUCAACUAAUACUGUCCUAAAUCAUGUUAUAGGAAACCACGAAGACACCCAGGGCAGAGCUUGCAUGGUUCGGAAACAGGUGAACUUGCCAGAGUUCAUUUCAGUGGGUACCACUGUUCUGACUCUGCUGUGGAUAGCUAUUCAGAGCAAUGGAAUGAUUUCCUACAAAAUUCUCUCUUCCUUGGAGGGAUUUUCCACUGAUCACAAGAAUGGUUUAUAUGCCUUAGAGUGUGAACUUUUACAAAUUGUAUUUUAUUUUCACGUUCAUUGUUCACUACUGAGGCAGUGGCACAGGGGGGAAAACAAUGCCUUUAUUCAGGUACUGGUAGCUGCUGUGGACAGUAGCAGUCCUGCUCUGAGCACAGUCACCUCUAUAGAGGUACACAUAGAAGAUAUAAAUAACCAUGCCCUUCAGUUCACAAGAGCACUGUACAAUCUCAGCGUGAGUGAGAGUGCCUCAGUAGGAGAAAGCAUCCUUGCAUUUUCAGUAACAGACUAUGACUGGACAUGUGAAAAUGCAUACAAUGAGUACUCUAUUAUUGAUGGCAAUGCUGAGAACUUAUUCAAUGUGGAAACAAGUGUCACGGAGUCAGAAACAUCCUACAAGCUUGUUGGCAAUCUUGUUUUGAACAGUCUUCUUGACACGGAAACUACUGCUUCCUAUCGUCUGGUCCUCCUUGCCUCUGAUCAUGGGAAGCCCUCCUUGAACUCAACUGCUACCGUGCUAAUAACUGUACUGGAUGUCAACGAUAAUCCUCCAGAAUUUAGCAGCUCAGAGUACCACGUUCACGUCAAAGAAGGCCUCCCUGUCGGUAGCCAUGUCACAGAAGUUUUAGCAAAUGACCCUGAUGCAGGCAGUAAUGCAGAGAUCACUUAUGCUAUAACUUCUGGAAAUGACAAGCAGUAUUUUCAGAUGGAUGGGAAAACUGGAUCUGUGGAUUUGAUGAAAACUCUGGAUUAUGAGGAUACCACGAAAUUUACUUCGCUCAUUCAAGGCACAGAUGGAAGAGCUGAUGUUAAAAGUGUGGCUUUUUCUGUUGUCCACUUUAGCGUUCUAGAUGACAAUGACUAUGCUCCACUGUUUUUGUUUCCCAGCAUGAACUGUAUUGUCAGUGAAAACCUGCAGCUUUUUUUUGUAUGCACUGUCACUGCCCUGGAUUUUGAUAAAGGCUCCUAUGGACAUCUCACCUACUCCAUCCAGUCUUCAUAUUUGGCUCAGCGUAAAGCUCCUGGAGAUCAUGACAUGUUUUUCAUUGACUCUUUGACAGGAGAUAUUCAUACAAAGCAAACAUUUGACUAUGAAAGUCAGAAUAGGUACUGUCUCAUAAUCCAAGCAAAAGACAAAGGUGACUUACUGGCCACAAUUACAGUUCAGGUAGAUAUUGAGGGCAGAGAUGAGUUUGACCCAGUUUUCUCACAAGAUCAGUAUUUCUUUAAUCUCCCUAGGAAAAAUGAAGCAGGCCAGUUGCUUGGCAAGGUGACAGCAUCAGAUAAUGAUGGUGAACAGGAUGGAGUUGUUUGUUCCUCCCUGCUAAAAACUUCUGCAUUCUUUUCUGUAAAUCAAAACAGUGGUGGUAUUUAUUUGACUCAAACUGUUCACCAAAAUAGAAAUGACAGCAAAAGGAAUGAUGACACCUUGAAAUUGUUGGUAAGGGCUCAGAGCCCAAAAAUGUAGCCAAAGUUUGCAGUAUGUACUGUUCUGAUGAAUGUUUCCGAUUCUCCUGAAAGUUAUCCUUUUGUGUCAACCUACAGUCUGUCCAUUAGCCUUUCUGCCUCUCUCAUUAUUUUCCUGCUGCUUGCCUUGCUGUCAGUUAUUGCACUUAUUCUGAGAUAUAAGCAGAAAGAUGUGAUAAACUCUUGUGUGAAAAAAAGAACAUUAUCCUUCUCAGCUACUGAUGUGAAUUUGGCCAGAGAAGAUAUGGUUCUUAAGGUCUGACAGAAAAUCCAAAAUACUGAGAGUGGUAUGCUUCCCACGGGUGUCAUAGCAGAUUGGCUGAGCUUGUCAGGAAUCAGAGAGAGGAAAGACAAUGAUGUGCCCUGCAGGCAUUCAGGCUUCAGUGGCCACAAUUCUGCCAAAGGAGAAACUGCAGAGGAUGAAGAAAUCAAAAGGAUCAAUGAACAUCCUUGCAGGAAGAGUCCUGGCUCCACACUGAGUGAGCGAGACUCCCGGGUGCCAGAUUCAGGGAUCCCAAGGGAGUCUGACCACCUUUCCUGCCUGUCUGGGGAAACCAACAUUGCGGCUACCACGCAAAGCGUGGAGAGCAUACCGGCUGUUCAAUGCAAAGGUGGAGAAGCCUGUGAUGCAGCCUAUCCAAGUAACAAAGUGUUGUCUCAGCCACUUAAAAAAACUGAUAAGAAGGACAUAUUGACAGACCUCACAAGAGACUAUACCUUAGUAUCAGAUAGGCAGGACUCUGGGUGUGAUUUGCUCGCAACUCUUGGCACCUCUGAUGAGGACCUCAGAGGCAGUUACAGCUGGGAUUGCUUGCUCAGCUGGGAAACCAGAUUUCAGCCUCUCUCCUCAGUCUUCAGUGACAUUGCAAAACUGAAAGAUGAAAGUGGAUGUGUUUGUAGCCUUCCUAAGGAGAAGCCUUUUGUUUUCCCUCCUCCCUUGGUAACAUCAGUAGCUCAACCUGGCAUAAGGACAGUACCACCAUGGAUGCCAAAUGUAAUAUCUGGGCAAGCAUUUAAAAAAUGCCUUCGUUCUUCCCUUAUCCAUAGUCUUGGUAGUUUUUCUCCUUCUCUAUCUUUGCUUACCAUGCAGACACCUACUGCUUCUGCAUUAACCUUUGAUGGGAGAAUGGUAGGAAUAUAUCUUAUUUGUCCAAGCCAUGAACUUGCAACAGAGGAGGAAAUUCAAGUCUAGGUUAUUAACUGAUGGUAGUAUGUGGAAAAAAUAUAUGGCUUGAAAUGCAUUUUGUGUAUUUUAAACAAACAAAACAUGCCUGUCAAAACUGGAUUACCACUAUCUUUUCUGUUCUCAUGAGCUGAAAUGGUUAAUAUAUAAAAUAGCCACAAACUUUGUAACAAUCCAUCAUGGUCUUCACAGAGUAUGCUGCCAGUCCAUGAGGUUUCUCCUUUUGCAGCUCCCAACAGGUGUGGUUUCCCAUUGUAAAUCACACAGCUUGGUGCCUGAAAACCAACUUGAUCAAUUCUAAUGUUUUUAACAAAAUGUGUUAGUAACAAAUUAAUGGUAGUAACUGUUUUCUGUGGAAUUUUUUUCUGCGGUUGCAUUAUGAGAGGGUAGAAUCAUGGAAUCAUAGAAUAUCCUGAGUUGGAAGGGACCCACAAGGAUCAAGUCCAACCCCUGGCUCCACACAGACCACCCAAAAUCAGACUAUGUGACUGGGAGUGGUGUCCAAAUGCUUCUUGAAUUCCAAAAAGCUUGGGGCUGUGCCCACCGCCCUGAGGGGCCUGUUCCAUGUCCACCACCCUCUGCUGAAGAUCCUUUUUGUAACCCCCACCUGACAUUCCUUGAUGCAGCUCCAUAAUUUACCAGCACUGAAGUGAGACUCACAGGUACUCCUUUUUUUCUUCCCUUCUUGAAGAUUGGAAAAAUGUUAGCUAGCUUCCAGUCACCUGGGACCUUUCCCCAUUCCCAAGACAAUUGGAAAUAAUUGAGAUGAUGUUGGCCAACUCUCAUAGUACCUUGGGAUGAAUCUCACUAGGCCCAAGGACUUGUAUGUAUCCAGGUGGAGCAGCAAAUCACACACAAGUUUGGAGUGGGCAGGGAUUUUAUUGUUACUGCAGUCACUGUUCUCUAACUCUGGGCACCUAGGGUGCUAGAGCUUAUCCCUGAUGUUGAAGAUGGAGGCAAAGAAAGCAUUAAAUCUCUGCUUUGACUAUGUCUCUGUUUUUAAUAUGACCAUUCUCAUCAAGUAACAGACCAAUGUUCUCUAUGGUCUUCCUUUUGUUGUUAACAUAUUAAAAAAAAAAAAAAACACCAACCAACAAAUAAACUUUCAGUUGUCCCCUUCAGUAUUGGCCAUCUCCCUAUAAAGGCAAAUGGCAUCACUGUAGUCCCCCUCAUGUUGGCUGACCUUGCUUCCAGUGGCCAUACACUUUUCACCUAAGCUCUAGAAUAAGGUCACUGAUCAGUCAAGCUGGCCUUCUGCACCACCUGCUUGAGUUCUGACAUUUUGGAAUUGCCUGUUUCUGUACUAAGACCCCAGAAAGAAGUGGUACUUUAAAAGUAACCAGGCACUAAAGGGUACUAGAGUGAUGUGCAAGUUCAGCAGUUUGGGCCAGCAUGUCAUGAUAGUCUACUUAAUAAUG